AUUGCAUGCGUUAGGAAAGAGAGUGGCGGCAAAGCAAAAGGCCAAAGGCGCUAACUUUUUCUCUCACGCCAACAAACACGGCAAUUGCCAAUAAUAAUUCUGAGGACUCCCUUCUGGUAUUUCAUCUAAUCCAAGUAAUAAAAGAAUAGAAUAAAAACAGCAUCUUGUAAGUGGGGGAGGCACCAAACCAAAGGUUGAAAUUUGUCAGAUUAGGGUUCUUAUUGUACCCUUACUACAGUUACAAGACACCGUCUCAGACUUCAGACCCCAAGAAGGAAUCUGAUUCCAGACACUUCAAUUCCCUCCCCCGGAUAAGGUGGAGGUGGUGCUACAAGUGGCAGUUCUGGAUCGAUUCCUUGAUGGGUUUUCUUGUUUGAUUAUUUAGAGAUAGGCCUUGGAAGUCGGUGAUUGGAAGGAACAGUUGUUUGUGAUUUGGAGAGAUUUUGUUGAAAAUAUAGAGCUUCAGAUUGAUUGGUUGCUUGCUUGUGAUUGGAUUUUAGUAAUAAUCGCAGCUUUAAGUUUAGAAUUUCAGAGUUAUUGUGUAAGAAAUGGAGGGUCAGGCAAUUUCUGGUGAUGAGGUUUCUGUUAAUUUAGUUAGAGAGGAAGACGAAGAAGAGUUCCGGAGCUGUUGUGAAGACGAAGAUGAAGUUUGGAAGGAGACCGAAGAACCAGUGAAAGGGGAGACAAAAGAUGAGUCAAAAUAUGAUCUCGACGAAUUUUCUGUGAAAAUGUUCUUCAAAGGCAUGUCCAUAGCUGGCUAUGGGGACCCCGGUUGUGGACUUUCUGGAAUCGGAGUUGUCAUGGAAAGAUCAACCAAUGUUCCUGCAAUUCAGGUGCAGAAAAGGCUUGAUUUUUAUGUGGAGGAGCUUGUGGCUGACUAUUUAGCCCUGAUGGAUGGUUUAGUGGAGGCUGUGCAGAAUAAAGUCCGUAGGGUGUAUGCAUUUACAGAUUCUGAACUGCUUUAUGAUCAGGUUUCACAUGAGGAGAAACUUGAAGUUCCAAUCCUAGUGGCACUGAGGCAAAGGAUUUUAGAGCAUGCCAGUAAUCUUGAAGCUUUUGUUCUGAAACUUGCCCCUGAUGUAGAUCUUGAGCGGCCAUCAAAAUUAGCCCAAGUGGCUAUUGGAGUUGUCUCUUUUCCGGCUAAGGGUGUUGAAUCUCUUGAAAACUGUUCCAUCUGUUGCGACGAUAAACCAUCCUUGAUGAUGAUCACCAUGAAAUGUUCUCAUAAGUUCUGUUCACAUUGCAUGAGAACAUACGUUGAUGGGAAGGUACAGUCCUCUCAAGUCCCCAUCAGAUGUCCUCAACUGAGAUGCAAGUAUUACAUCUCCACUGCUGAGUGCAAAUCUUUUCUUCCACUCACUUCUUACGAGUCAUUGGAGAAAUCCUUUGCAGAAGCAAGUAUUCUCCACUCAGAUAGAAUGUACUGCCCAUUUCCAAAUUGUUCCGUCCUGCUUGAUCCCCUUGAAUGCUUGUCAGCUAGGGCAAGUUCAUCAAGUCAGUCGGAUAACAGCUGCAUUGAAUGUCCAGUUUGUCAGAGGUUCAUCUGUGCGGAUUGUGGGGUUCCUUGGCAUACUUCUAUGAGCUGCGAGGAGUUCCAGAAUCUCCCAUUGGAAGAGAGAGAUGCUGCAGACAUUACCCUACAUCGCUUGGCACAAAGUAACAGCUGGAGGCGUUGCCAGCAGUGUCGUAGGAUGAUUGAACUCUCUCAAGGUUGCUACCACAUGACGUGCUGGUGUGGGCAUGAGUUCUGUUAUUCUUGUGGUGCGGAAUAUCGGGAUAGCCAACAGACUUGUCAAUGUGCCUUUUGGGACGAAGACAACAACACACAAGACUUGGUCACUCAGUCUAUGCAAGAAUCCGAGCAAUGGGCGUGGGAAACAUUCAAUUCACUCCCCAUGAUAAUGGAUGCAUACUCGGACCAAGAGAGAUCGCAGCUGGCGCUGAUCCAGAGAUUCCUAGCUGGGGGGUUCAGUUUAAGCGACCAUCCCCCUUAUCAAUCCCCACCUCGGUGUACAGAUUCUUAUGCAGACGCCAUGAAAGAUCUCCAUCAGCUUCCUUGGCUCGAGAGGUUUGUUUCCGUUAUAAGUGAUAACUACUACGAAGAAUAUAUCCAGUGAAUUAUAGGACUUCUGAAAUUGGAAAAUAAUCUGCACAGCUACCCGAGAAUACCUUUCAUAGGAGUAAAGAGUGUCUCGCUCUAUUCACUGCGGAGAUUUAUGUGCCUCUUUUCCUUUGUAGUUUCAUAAGCAUUGUGUUAAAGAGAUAUGCGGCCGUUAAAAAGCACCUUGUGUAAAACAUAGGAGGGCAAGCGUCCAUGUACUUUGCUGAUAGGCGAUAGCUUUCUUCUUGAAAGAAAAGAGGGAAAAAAAAGAUAGUGUAUUGAAUUGAAAUAACAUUUAUCAUGUUAUUGAAUUGAAAAAAUAUUUUCCGUUUAA